CUCUCUCCUCCUCCUCCUCCUCCUCGCUUUUCUCGUUCGCUCUUCAUCCUCCUCGCUCGAUCAAGCAAUGUCGUCGGCCGUCAGCACGGAGCCUCUGCUCCACCGCAGCUUCCGGGAGAUCUCCCGGCCCCGCUUCCGGUCGAGCACGCUCCGGCCGUCGCCUCCUCCCGCUUCGCUGAGCUGCGCUCCGAAGUCGCCGUCGUUUCGCCACGCGAGGCGGAGGUGCGCCUCCGGCUCCGGACCGCGCCGUGGAGGAUGGGGCGGCGCCGGCGCCGGCCCCUCCUCCGCGUGCGGGCGAGCUCCUCCGGUGCGGCGGUCGUGGAGGCGCUCGAAUCCGCCGACGUCCUCUUCCAGGAGGCCUUCCCUCUCCAGAGAACUGAGACGGCCAAGGGGAAGAUAUUCGUGAGACUAGAUCAGGGGAAGGAUGGGCAGAAUUGGCAGCUCACGGUUGGUUGUACGCUUGCUGGGAAGUGGAUUCUUCACUGGGGAAUUUCUCACGUAGACGAUGUCGGCAGUGAAUGGGAUCAACCUCCUGCUGAAAUGAGACCUCCUGGAUCAAUUCCUAUCAAGGACUAUGCAAUCGAGACGCCAUUGCAGAAAUCAUCUACGUUGAUGGAUGGGGAUGAAGUUUAUGAAGUGAAUAUAAGUAUCAAGUCCAACAGUAAUAUUGCCGCCAUAAAUUUUGUUCUGAAGGAUGAAGAAUCUGGAUCUUGGUAUCAGCAUAGAGGGAGAGACUUCAAGGUGCCUCUCAUGGAUUCUCUUCAAGACGAUAGCAACAUUGUUGGCUCCAAAAGGGGCUUUGAUUUAUGGCCAGGUGCCCUGGGACAGCUAUCUAACAUACUCCUUAAAGGAGAAGCAUCAGACUAUAAGGAUAAAGAUGCCAGCACUGACUUAGAAGCCUCAAAACAAGAAGUGCGGUGCCUUGAGGGAUUUUAUGUGGAGCAGCCUAUUGUUAAAGUAGUUUCCAUUCGUAACUCUGUCAACAUUUCUGUUAAGAUCUGUCCUAAGACAGCUAAGACUCUUGUAUACUUGGAAACGGAUCUCCCUCGAGAUGUUAUUGUUCACUGGGGAGUUUGCAGAGAUGAUUCUAAAAAGUGGGAAAUUCCAGCAGCCCCGUAUCCGCCAGAAACAGAAAUCUUCAAGAACAAGGCUUUACGGACCUUGUUACAGCCAAAGGAACAGGGAAAUGGAUUUUGGGGAUCAUUUGCUUUGGAUGAAGAGUUUGUGGGAUUCCUUUUUGUUCUCAAGCUAAAGGAGGAGGAUGUUUGGCUGAAUUGUAUGGGAGAGGAUUUUUACAUACCGGUAUCUAGCACAAGGAGUUCUUCUCUUCUUAGACAAAACGAAUCUGACAGUACAGAGACAUCUGGAAAAACCAUGGAAACAAAUACAGAAGUCAGUAGCACUGCAUACACUGAUGAUAUUAUCAAUGAGAUAAGAAACUUGGUUAGUGAUAUUUCAUCUGAGAAGAGUCGCAAGACGAAGACUAAAGAAGCACAAGAAAGCAUUCUCCAAGAGAUUGAAAAGUUGGCUGCUGAAGCCUAUAGUAUUUUCAGAAGUUCCCUGCCAACUUUUUCGGCGGAAGCUGUUUUGGAACAAGAGGCACUGGAACCUUCUCCAAAUAUAUGUUCAGGCACAGGAACGGGGUUCGAGAUAUUGUGCCAAGGUUUUAAUUGGGAAUCAAACAAGUCUGGAAGGUGGUAUAAAGAACUGAUGGAAAAAGCUUCACAGUUAGCUUCUCUGGGUUUCACAGUAGUUUGGUUACCACCACCUACUGAUUCUGUGUCACCUGAAGGGUAUAUGCCGAGGGAUCUUUACAAUUUAAAUUCAAGAUAUGGAACUAUUGAUGAACUGAAGGACCUCGUGAAGAAGUUCCAUGAAGUUAACAUAAGAGUUCUUGGAGAUGUUGUGCUUAAUCAUCGAUGUGCACAGUACCAGAAUCAAAACGGUAUAUGGAAUAUUUUUGGUGGUCGUCUAAAUUGGGAUGAUCGAGCUGUAGUUGCUGACGAUCCUCAUUUUCAGGGUAGAGGCAACAAGAGUAGUGGAGAUAAUUUUCAUGCUGCCCCAAAUAUUGAUCACUCACAAGAUUUUGUGCGGAAAGAUCUGAAGGAAUGGUUACAUUGGCUGAGGAGAGAAAUUGGGUAUGAUGGAUGGAGGCUCGAUUUUGUUAGAGGCUUUUGGGGUGGCUAUGUCAAAGACUACUUGGAUGCUAGUGAACCUUACUUUGCUGUUGGUGAGUACUGGGAUUCCCUCAGCUAUACAUAUGGAGAAAUGGAUCACAAUCAAGAUGCACACAGGCAGAGAAUUAUCGACUGGAUAAACGCUACAAAUGGCACAGCUGGAGCAUUUGAUGUCACCACAAAAGGAAUUCUUCAUGCCGCAUUGGAAAGAUGUGAAUAUUGGCGACUAUCAGAUCAGAAGGGAAAACCUCCAGGGGUUGUCGGAUGGUGGCCAUCUCGAGCUGUAACAUUUGUAGAGAACCAUGACACUGGCUCUACCCAGGGUCAUUGGAGAUUUCCAAGUGGAAAGGAAAUGCAAGGAUAUGCCUAUAUCUUGACGCACCCAGGAACUCCAGCAGUGUUCUAUGACCACAUCUUUUCUCACUACCAAUCUGAAAUUGGUUCACAUUCUAUCAGGAAUCGCAACAAGAUCCAUUGCAGGAGCACUAUUAAAAUAACCAAGGCUGAGAGGGACGUCUAUGCAGCCAUUAUUGAUGACAAAGUUGCAAUGAAGAUUGGACCAGGCUACUAUGAACCCCAAAGUGGGCCCCAGAAAUGGUCUCCGGUCCUCGAGGGAAGAGAUUACAAGGUUUGGGAAACUUCUUAAUGAUACCAUAUAGGAGUGUUCAUUCCCAACCAUAUGAAAUCAGUUACCAGAAUGUUCCUCGAUGAAGUUCCCUCGAGUUUAUCCUCGAGCCAGUUGGAGCAUGUACCUGGGAGCAUAUACCUGAGCACGAUGGAGUGCUACUCCAAUAUAAUUAUGCACGAAUUAUAUCAAUUUAUACUCUGUAUGGUUAGUCCGUCCAGCCAGAAAGUAAAGGCAGAUGUUGGAAUCAGAUAGUUCAGUGAUUGCAGGAACUCAUCACUACGAUGUAGGUUAUAUAUUGAAAAAGAGAGUGACCCGGGCAUCCCUUUAACACCUUUUUACGUUAAAAGCAUGUAAGAAUAAGCAUUGAUUGAACCCGUGGAAAUCGUGCAGAUUCUGCUGGAAGACGUCGUUCCACGAUUGUACUCUGCGAAAAGCAAUUCUGUUGUAAAAUAUACUUGUAUACACUAUCGAUACGUAAAAAGUCUCGUGCGAUUCCUGUGAA